CUUCACUUAUUUACAUAUAUUUAAUUAAACAUUGUAAUGUAAUGCAGUUUUACCUUACUCAACGACGAUCAUGUUAUGCUUUAAGUUCACAUUUGGCCAAUAAAUCAUACCAAAUCAAAUAGACUUUUUAAGUACAAUUGUUUCAUGUCAUGUUUUUACUUAUUGGGAUAGGAUUCAUACGAAAAGAUGAUAUUUUGAACAGUUGGGUAUUAAUGAAUAACUAUCAUACAAGAGAUGCGCUCUCUGAGCACCAGGAAAAUGAGAACCGGUUUCAAAGUCAAAGUCAUCACUGUGACAAGUGCAACCGUAUCUAUUCUCAUCAGCAGUCUCUCAGAAACCAUCAGAAAUUUGAAUGCGGCAAAGUUGCACAGUUUGCAUGCUCUUAUUGUGAUUACCGAUGCAAACGGAAAGGAAAUAUGAAAACCCAUAUAAUCCAUGUUCAUUCUCGUGUAUUGCAAAACUAGUAUUCUUCACAGUUUUCAGCAAGGGGACUUGCCAGAUUUUCCAUAGUUGCCCUGUUUUCAAAGGAACUUGUGGAAUCAUUUCCAGCCCUGUGGUUCAACACAAAAUUCUGUAACUUGCUGAAUAAACAUUUCUUCAUACAUUUCUUUAA